CCCACUGGCCCUAGCAACUCCCAAGCCAGAGAAGCCAACGUCUCUUCUCUCAAAAUCCAGCCCUCGUUAUUCAACUCCUGUCGCCUGCUUGCAGUCCUCCGUAUGCCAUAAUAAGACAAUCUUCCGUUACUAUCAUUUCUAAACAAGCUUCAGUUAUAUCGAAGUAGCGGAUUCGAGUAUCCAAUGCAUUAACUGAAGUGCAGAUGUUGAAAUCUCGAGUUCUUUUGUGAUUUUCGAUCGGUUUUCUACUACGUUUAUGUGCUUGAUUUGAUUAAGUGAUUAGUGGUGGUCUCUUAGGGUUUCGCGUAGGAAAGCACGGCGGUUUUUAAUUUGUCGACUUACUUAGGUUAGGAUUAUAAGGAAGAAGGAAGAAGGAAGAAGAUGGCGGGUGGUGCGUGAGCUUUGGACUGUCGAAUUUUGUUAACGUGAGGAACGAUGUUGUUUUAGGAAGGUUAUGGUGUCAGGAUGUAGUGUUGGAUAGCUUUAGAUUCCAGCGUAUAGUGAAGGAAACGGCUUUCCUUUUGAGGGCAAAUAAUUGUAGAAAACGUGUCUUUGUCAAGCAAAAACAGAGGCUUGUCGUCAUGAAUAUGUCCAACUCCGAAGCUGACCCGCACUUCGGGGCGUCAACUACCAGGGUGACAGGAGAGGGAGUUGAUCUAAUUGUAGAGAAGGAUAUUGGAAUAUUUGAAACGGGUAACGAAUUGAAAACCGGUGACAAUGGUACUGGUGGGGAUGUUUAUGAUGGAAAUGGUGGAAAUGGAAAAUUUAAUAAUGGUGGAGGAGGGGGUGGUGGUGGUGACGAGGAGAGAGAUGAUCCUGAAGAAGAGGAGUUUGGGCCAAUUAUGAAAUUUGAAGAGGUAAUUAAGGAGACGGAGGCUCGAGGGGCCACUCUUCCUUCCGAUAUGUUAGAGGCCGCUAAGAGUGUGGGGAUUCGCAAAGUGCUUCUUCUUAGAUAUUUGGACUUGCAGGGAGCUAGCUGGCCUUUGGGAUUUGCAAUGAAGUCAUGGGCUAUGCUCCGGAACAGAAUGUUAGCUGAUCCCUCUUUUCUUUUCAAAAUUGGGACAGAGAUAGUCAUUGACUCUUGCUGCGCUACUUUUGCGGAAAUUCAAAAAAGAGGGAAGGACUUCUGGGCAGAAUUUGAGUUGUAUGUUGCUGACCUCUUGGUUGGGUUAGUGGUUAAUGUGGCCUUGGUUGGUAUGUUGGCACCUUAUGCUCGUAUUGGACAACCGUCUGUGUCAAAAGGGUUCUUUGGACGCGCGCAGCAUGCUUAUGCAGCUCUUCCUAGCAGUGUAUUUGAAGCUGAAAGGCCAGGAUGUAGAUUUUCAAUAGGUCAGAGAAUCGCAACAUACUUCUAUAAGGGUGUCUUGUAUGGAUCAGUUGGAUUUGCAUGUGGCAUUGUAGGUCAAGGCAUUGCAAAUCUUAUCAUGAUUGCCAAGAGGAGCAUAAAGAAAUCAGAAGAGGAUAUACCUGUGCCACCUCUUGUAAAGAGUGCAGCUCUUUGGGGUGUUUUCCUAGCAGUUUCUUCAAAUACCCGUUACCAGAUCAUUAAUGGACUGGAGCGCCUGGUAGAAGCAUCGCCAUUGGCUAAGCAGUUCCAGCCUGUUGCAAUGGCUUUCACAGUUGGAGUCCGAUUCACAAACAAUGUAUAUGGUGGGAUGCAGUUCGUGGAUUGGGCUAGAUGGAGUGGGGUGCAAUAACUUGCUUCAUUUAUGUGGUCAGAAUAUAAUCUAUUCUCUACCCAUUUGAUGCCUGUCGUGCCUGAUCUUUGAACACCUUAAGCAUCAGCUAAGUAUUUUUCUUAAUCAAGGUAUUCACUUUUGAGUUUUAGAAGCAACGAAGGCAUCUCUUUCUUGUUGCUUGUUUGGCAAGGCAACUUGGUCAGAAAUUUCUCCUGUGAGUUUGGAUGCCAAUGCAUAAUGAGAAUGAUUUCUCGUGUUUGGCCUUAUUUAUUUUUA